UAUUGUAUACUCUUUGGCAUAGACAUAACGACAUGUACACUAGCUUUUUCAAGCAUCACGAAAACGACGAAAACAACGGGCUAGUGUGUAUGGAAGUGCAUUUGACCGAUUGCGCCGCAAUUAAUACAACCGGAGUAGCGUGUGAUGAGGAAUGAUUGAAAAUAAAACACAAUUGAUUGGAUUUUAAUUAAGGAAAACAUAACCAAUAAAAAACGACAUUAAUCAGUAUGGCAACUUUAGAACAGCAAGCUUCUAAACUUCUCGAUUUCAAUCAGAAAUUGGAUAUUACUCUACUCGAUAAUAUCGUUGGAUGCCUUUAUUCUACCGUAGGCGACCAACAGCGUGUCGCACAAGACAUAUUAACAGCCUUGAAAGAACAUCCAGAUGCAUGGACUCGUGUAGACACAAUUUUAGAGUAUUCGCAGAAUCAGGAAACAAAAUAUUAUGCUUUGCAAAUAUUGGAACAAGUCAUACAGACUAGGUGGAAAGUAUUACCAAGAAAUCAAUGUGAAGGUAUUAAGAAGUAUAUUGUCGGCCUUAUUAUAAAGAAUUCAUCAGAUCCCGUCACCAUGGAGAGUAAUAAAGUUUACUUAAAAAAACUUAAUAUGAUUUUAAUACAAGUUUUGAAGAGAGAGUGGCCUCACAAUUGGGAGACUUUUAUAAGUGAUAUUGUUGGGGCAUCUAAAACAAAUGAAAGCCUUUGCCAAAAUAACAUGGUCAUCUUGAAACUCCUCAGUGAGGAAGUGUUUGUAUUUAGUACAGGGCAACUAACACAAACAAAAGCCAAACAUCUUAAGGAUACUAUGUGUUCCGAAUUCAGUCAAAUUUUCACUCUUUGUCAAUUUGUUCUUGAAAAUUCACAAAAUGCACCUCUUGUGGAUGCUACACUGCACACAUUAUUAAGAUUCUUAAAUUGGAUUCCCUUGGGAUACAUAUUUGAAAUGAAAUUGAUAAGCACUCUUAUAUUUAAGUUUCUGAAUGUCCCUAUGUUCCGUAAUGUGACACUAAGUUGUUUGACAGAAAUUGCUGGUGUUACAGUAAGUAACUAUGAAGAACAAUUUGUAGCACUUCUUGUACAAACCAUGGAGCAAUUAGAAGCCAUGCUUCCUCUCACUACAAAUAUACGUGAAGCCUAUGCUGCAGGUCGAGAUCAAGAACAAGUCUUCAUUCAAAACCUUGCACUAUUUUUAUGUACAUAUCUGAAAGAACAUGGGCAAUUAAUUGAGAGAAGAGGACUUACAAACACUUUGAUGAAUGCCCUUCGAUACUUAGUAUUAAUAUCAGAAGUGGAAGAAGUAGAAAUUUUUAAAAUAUGUUUAGAGUUUUGGAAUGCAUUGACUGCUGAUUUGUAUAAGAUUGCUCCCUGUGCACAUUCUGCAGGUUUAUAUGCCUUAGGAAAAACUGGAGGUCGCAAAGCCUUGUAUGCUGAUGUACUUAGCGGAGUUCGUUACAUCAUGAUAUCUCGGAUGGCAAAACCUGAGGAAGUUUUAGUAGUUGAAAAUGAAAAUGGUGAAGUGGUAAGAGAAUUUAUGAAAGAUACUGAUUCUAUUAAUCUGUACAAAAAUAUGAGAGAAACAUUAGUGUACUUGACACAUUUAGAUUAUACAGACACAGAGAGGAUAAUGACAGAGAAGCUUCAAAAUCAAGUUAAUGGAACCGAAUGGUCAUGGAAAAACCUCAAUACCCUUUGUUGGGCAAUAGGCUCUAUAUCUGGAGCUAUGUUGGAAGAGGAUGAAAAGCGUUUUUUGGUAAUUGUUAUCAAAGAGCUUUUAGGGCUAUGUGAACAAAAAAAAGGAAAAGAUAAUAAAGCCAUUAUAGCAAGUAACAUAAUGUAUGUUGUUGGCCAAUAUCCUCGUUUCCUUAGAGCACAUUGGAAGUUUUUGAAAACAGUGGUAAAUAAACUAUUUGAAUUCAUGCAUGAAACUCAUGAUGGUGUUCAAGAUAUGGCCUGCGACACAUUUAUCAAAAUUGCUUUAAAAUGUCGACGCCAUUUUGUCACUACACAAGUUAGUGAAGCUUGUCCAUUCAUUGAAGAAAUUUUAAGUACAAUCAGUUCCAUCAUCUGUGACUUGCAAACAUUACAAGUGCAUACAUUUUAUGAGGCCGUUGGAUAUAUGAUUAGUGCACAAGUUGAUCAAAUUGCACAGGAACAGUUGAUUGAAAAGUAUAUGUUACUUCCUAAUCAGGUCUGGGAUGAUAUAAUUUCACAAGCUUCUCAUAAUGUUGACAUACUUAAAGACCCUGAAGCAGUAAAACAGCUUGUAAGUAUACUUAAAACGAAUGGCCGAGCCUGUCGAGCACUGGGUCAUCCAUAUGUUGUACAACUGGGCAGAAUUUACUUGGACAUGUUAAAUGUUUACAAAGUUAUGUCAGAAAACAUCAGUCAGGCUAUAGCAUUAAAUGGUGUGGUGGUGACUAAACAACCUCUCAUCAAAAACAUGAGAAUCAUCAAAAAAGAGACCCUAAAAUUAAUAGCUAGUUGGGUGUCACGUUCAACAGACAACACUAUGGUGUUGGAAAAUUUCAUUCCUCCAUUACUUGAUGCUGUUCUCUUAGAUUAUCAAAGAACAUCAGUUCCAGAUGCAAGAGAACCAGAAGUUCUAUCAUGCAUGGCAGCCAUAGUUUACAAACUUGGUGGACAUAUAACUUCUGAAGUGCCCAAAAUUUUUGAUGCUGUCUUUGAAUGUACUUUGGAAAUGAUUAACAAAGAUUUUGAGGAAUAUCCAGAGCAUAGGACUGAAUUUUUCCUUUUACUGCAGGCAGUCAAUACACAUUGUUUUAAAGCAUUCCUAAGUAUACCUCCAGCUCAGUUUAAAUUGGUGCUGGAUUCCAUAAUUUGGGCAUUUAAACAUACAAUGCGAAAUGUGGCUGAUACAGGACUUCAGAUAUUAUAUAGAUUGCUACAGAAUGUGGAACAGCAUCCACAAGCAGCACAAAGUUUCUACCAGACAUACCUAUGUGACAUAUUGGAGCAUGUAUUCAGUGUUGUAACAGACACCUCUCAUGGUGCAGGUCUUACUAUGCAUGCUACUAUUUUAGCAUAUAUCUUCUCUUUGGUGGAAACUGGCCGGGUUUCUGUUCCAUUAGGACGAACUGCAGAUAAUGUCCUUUACAUCCAAGAAUAUGUGGCAAAUCUUCUAAAAACAGCAUUCCCACAUUUGACAGAUAAUCAAGUAAAGAUUACUGUGCAAGGGUUGUUCAAUUUGGACCAAGACAUACCUGCUUUUAAAGAUCAUCUUCGAGAUUUCUUAGUCCAAAUAAGAGAAUACACAGGUGAAGAUGACAGCGACUUGUAUUUAGAAGAGCGAUUGUUUGCACUUCGCCAAGCGCAGGAAGAGAAGAGAAGGGUACAAUUAUCAGUGCCGGGCAUCAUUAACCCUCACGAAUUGCCUGAAGAGAUGCAAGAUUAAAUAUUGUUUAAGUAAAGAAGGUUAACAAUGGUAACAGUUCACUUAAUAUGAAAUAAUUAAUUAUGUUUGAAGGCAAUUUAUUUUAAUCUUUUGUCAAGCAUGAUUUAUUGAUACAAUUAAUUGUGUACCAAAAAAUGUUUUAAGAAUAAUUGAAAAUUGAAAAUUUUUAUGAUAAAGUAGGAGAUAUUAUAUUUUACUCUAAAUAAUUUCAUUAGAUGUAAUUAUGUUAGUUAUAAAUCUUCUGCUUUUAUUUUUGUUGACCACUCUUUGCAUUUAUAACCAUAAUGUUGCCACAUUCGAGUGGACUGUUAUCAUUAAGGCAGAAAUCUUGUGCUUGUUAAAAUAAUACCUUGCUAUGUCAGUAUGUACAAAGAAUCGCCUGAAACAAUGGAAGAUGAUGAAUGUAAGUUGCAAGGUUACAUCAAAAACCUCAAAAAAGGUAUGUUUUACGAGCAUAAGACGCAGUAUAAGGCCUUUUUCUAUUUAUAGGUAAAAUCAUGCAGCAAUCUACAUUGCUAAAGAAUAAUUCCAGAAAUAAGUAUUUCUGUUUUCAAUAUUACAUCAGAAUGUAGGUAAUGAAAUCUCUGUGAUGGCUCCAGUGUCGGAUGUACAACAUGUGCGUAAUGGAAUCUGAGUAUUAUGAGUAGAUUCUAGGAAAAACUAAGUGAAUUGCUGUUAGUAACGUUUUUUAUUUUUUGUUUAAUGUUGUCAAAACUAACUUAAUAAUGAUUUGGGAAUCAAACAUUCGAGAUUUCCGAAAGCGUUUUGGGUCCGUUUCGAAAUCUUUCAAUUUGUGUUUGAAAUAAACAGAUAAUUGUA